UGGGAGGUAGGCUGUAUCCCUGGGCCUGCUCUCGGCUCUCACUGGGGUCGACUGUGGCCUCCGGCUUCUUCUUCGGGAUCUUCUUUCCUCCUAAAACGGAGCCUGGAGUGCCCGGGAUGGCCCUGCAAACGGACAGACUCCCAGCCCGGGAGGUGGUGACAUUCCGGGAUGUGGCUGUGGACUUCACGCGGGAGGAGUGGUGUCUCCUGUCCCCUCCCCAGAAGGAGCUGUACAAGGAGGUGAUGCUGGAGAAUGCCCGGAACCUGCUCUCUGUGGGAGAGAUCAGAUCUGAAAUGAAGGUGAAUGCAACAGAAGUGAGCCUUCCUUUGGAAGAAAUGGACCUACAAAGAUUAAUGAGUGAUGGCCUUGAUAACUUUGCUUCUGGGCAAUUCUGUGUUGCACCUCAAAAUUCAUCUGAUAAUGAAUAUCAAAGGAUGUACACUGAGGAAAAAUCUAUUGAAAGUAAUCGGUGCAGAGAGACUUUUAUGCACAGGGCCAGUCUCUUUGGACAUCAGAGGAUGCACACUGGGGAGAAACCUUAUGAAUGCAAGCAAUGUGGAAAAACUUUUACUAAGAGGUCAGGCCUAGUUUAUCAUCAGAGGAUGCACACUGGGGAGAAACCUUAUGAAUGCAAGGAAUGUGGAAAAACUUUCACUCAUAGGUCAGGUCUAGCUUAUCAUCAGAGGCUGCACACUGGGGAGAAACCUUAUGAGUGCAAACAAUGUGGAAAAACUUUCACUCAUAGGUCAGGUCUAGCUUAUCAUCAGAGGAUGCAUACUGGGGAGAAACCUUAUCAGUGCAAACAAUGUGGAAAGACAUUCACUCAGAGCUCUUCUCUUACUUCUCAUCAGAGGCUGCACACUGGGGAGAAGCCUUACAAAUGCAAGCAAUGUGAAAGGACAUUCAGUCGGAGCUCUGGUCUUGAUUCUCAUCAGAGGGUCCACACUGGGGAGAAACCUUACGAAUGCAAGCAAUGUGGAAAGACAUUCAGUCGGAGCUCUGGUCUUGCUUCUCAUCAGAGGAUCCACACUGGGGAGAAACCUUAUGAACGCAAGCAAUGUGGAAAAACGUUCACUCAUAGGUCAAGUCUAGCUUAUCAUCAGAGGAUGCACACUGGGGAGAAACCUUAUGAAUGCAAGCAAUGUGGAAAGACUUUCAGUCAGAGCUCUGGUCUUGCUGUACAUCAGAGGCUGCACACUGGGGAGAAACCUUAUGAAUGCAAGCAAUGUGGAAAAACUUUCUCUCAUAGGUCAGGUCUAGCUUAUCAUCAGAGGCUGCACACUGGGGAGAAACCUUAUGAGUGCAAACAAUGUGGAAACACAUUCACUCAGAGCUCUUCUCUUGCUUCUCAUCAGAGGCUGCACACUGGGGAGAAACCUUAUGAAUGCAAGCAAUGUGGAAAGACAUUCACUCAGAGCUCUUCUCUUGCUUCUCAUCAGAGGCUGCACAAUGGGGAGAAACCUUAUGAAUGCAAGCAAUGUGGAAAGACAUUCAGUCGGAGCUCUGGUCUUACUGUACACCAGAGGAUGCACACUGGGGAGAAACCUUAUGAAUGCAAGCAAUGUGGAAAAACUUUCACUCAUUGUUCAGGUCUAGCUUAUCAUCAGAGGAUGCACACUGGGGAAAAACCUUAUGAGUGCAAACACUGUCGAAGGACAUUCAGUCAUAGCUCUGGUCUUGCUUAUCAUCAGAGGCUGCACACUGGGGAGAAACCUUACAAGUCCAAGCAAUGUGGAAAGACAUUCACUCAGAGCUCUUUUCUUGCUUCUCAUCAGAGGCUGCACACUGGGGAGAAACCUUGUUAAUGCAAGCAAUGUGGAAAUAUAUGCAGUCAGACCUCUUUCUAUUGUUUGAAAGCAAUUUAAACCCCCCAUUUCCAGGGCAGUAUACCUAGUGUGAACCUUAACUUGAAUCAGGCAAGGAUUGUGUGAUGGAAAUCAGAGUUAGGAUGGAGUGGCAGCAAUACAGUGAUCAUGAGAUGCUUGCAGAGUGAAGUCCCCUGCUUUGGUCCCCCUGGAUUAUCUGCCUGGGUGGCCGAGUCAAAAUAAAAAGCCAUGGUUGACUCCUUAGGUGAGAUUUGUGGGUUCCUGGGUAGAGAAACUGAUCAGUUGAGGCAAGAGCAGAUAUCCAAGCUCUGUUCUUUCAGUUUUGUUGACCGCUAAACUUUUCUUUGAGCAUGGCUAGGGCACCUUAAUGGUGGCCACAGAAUAACAAGCUAAAUGGAGUAAUGAGGAAAGUAUCUCUCUCCUAUUUUCCCAUUCCCUCUACUACCUUAGAUUAAAUAAGGUGAGUUUAGUGCCAGUCUCAUAAUCUUUCCUCUCAUACUAUACACCAUAGAAACCAGGCAUUCAAUACAUUGAGCUCUCAACUUGCUCAGAAUCAGACAAUUUACUCUCUUCUGUCAUAAACACUCCUAAGAUUAAUGGAAAGAUUCAAAAUAUUAAAAUAUGUAAAUAUUAAAUAAAUUAAGAAAGCCAUAAAACACAUAAAAAUGUGGUCACCAAAAAUUAAUAUGUCUCAAUUUAAAAUUAGUUUUCAUGGUAGUUUAUUUACAAAAGGAGAGAGAAUAAAGGUAGAGAAAUGAGAAAGGGCAGAGUAAGAAAUCUAGCCUAAGAAGCUAGAUUAUUUUCUCCAGCCCUGGUUUUACUGUGGUUGGGCUAAUUAGUCCUCAACUAGAGGGCCUUCAACCUUCAACUAAGGGCUGGUGUUGAACAAAACAAGGACUCUAUCAAUGAAGCCUUUUCGAAGAUGGAGGCCUUUCCAGAGGCUAGUCCCUCCGGAAAACCAGGAAAAGGAGUCAACCUUUUCACGUAUCCACUCUUUAUUCCCAAGGGAAUGUCCAACUGCUGCCUCAACAAUGUCAGUCUCAGGUCCACAAGGCAGAUCCUUUCACCAGCCUCCAAACUCCAAAGAACUAGUCAUAGAAAGCUGCAACUGCUUUUAAAGACAUUUCUUUGAGUUUCUUUCUGUCCAUUCCUUCCACUUUAUGUGGUCCAGCUGUGACUAGCUUUCCUUAGGACUGCCCAGGUGACAGUCAUUUCUGAUUCAUCACCCACUUGAGUACAUGUGGGUCACAGAUUUCCCCUACUUAAAGAUAAAAAGGGGUGUAUGCACUUCUGUGAUUAAAACUAAAAAUAAGCAAGGGAUGGCUAAUCCCAUCUUCACAAAUCCCUCUGUGAACAUUUGGGAGACUAGUCUCCCUAAUUGAUUAAAAUAAUCAGCUUUUACCUCUAAAAAUCUUCUAAGUAGCAGUGUAUACAAUAUUGAGCCUUCUAAAAGGAAACUAAAAUAGAGAUAAGAGGAAAAUAGGGAGAGUAAAACCAGUGUUUUCUAGUCUCAUUGACAAAAAGUCAGUAGGGAGAAGUCCCCUUUGGCAUAAGAGUGUAUAUUGAAAAAUUUAGGUCCUAAAAGUCUGUAUGACAAACUGCAGUAAUAUUGCCCUUGCACAUACAUUAGUGCCAGGACUACAGUUUCCAUAUUAUGAGAUUACAAAUGACUAGAUUUCAGCAGCAAAUGGGAAAUAGCAUUCCUUACCCUGAUUAUCCUUUUUCUCACAAGGAGAGGGAAGCCAGGAAUUGCCACCAAAGUGAGGUGCUUGGUAGAAUGCGGCCCAGGGGAAGACUUGUGUCUGAUGUAUAUUUCAAUCUUGAACCCCAAAGAAGUUCAAGUCCUCUUGGCAAAGAAUCUCAUUAAUCCCACUGUGAUUGUUUGGUCUCCUUGACUUUGUGCUUCUUGAUUCUGUUUAAUGGCUCUUUUUUUAACUUCUCCUGGAAUCAGGCAUACUCAUUAAUCAUAGUCCUAUAAUAUUUAUCAUUAAAUGGCAGGUUAUCAUAGUCUAAAGCUCUUGGGUAUGCAUUAGUAGUAGGACAGAUAUAUAUUAGGAUUCCUUUACUGCAAAAUCAGAAAAAGAUUAAUUUUGAUUAUAUGUACUUUGAAAAAUCUAAAUAUUCUAUUAAACAGCAAUAAUAAAACAAAAUUUCAGGAAUUCAAUGUAUUUCCAAAAGCAGUCUCCACUUGCCCAUGGAUUUUUAACUCCAAUGCUGUUGACAGAAUAUAGUCAAUCUGUUUCAAUAGAAGGUACACUCUUUAAGUGAGAGCAAUGAAUCCAAGAUUCCUCUUCUCCAAUUUUUAUAGCUUUUGGGAGUGGUUAACAAUAUUUGAAAUGGACCUUCCUGUGUACUGGAAAUUAUUUAUGUAUAACUUGCCUCCUAUUCCAGUCUUGAAGUGAAGAGUCUAUUGUUCCUCCUUGUACUGCAGCUACGGAUGGAGCUCUCACAAUUUGCUCUGCAAUUCCUUUAUAUAGGAAGCAGUAGAGAAGUAUCUCCCCCUAAUAGUGAUGCAUAUGCAGGACUAAAAGCCUAAAAGACUUGGCCUGUAUAGAGGGUAUCCAAAAUGCAUCUCAAAUGGUGGGGUGUAGAUCUCCCCUGGGCCUGCUUCAAAAACAAAAUAGGUCUAGAGGGAGAAUUUCAGGCUUUUUAAAAUGUCUCGGUGCAUACUUUUCCAAUCAUACUUUUAAGCUCUUUGUUCAUUCAACGUGGCCUGAGCUCUGGGGAUGAUAUGGUACAUGGAAUUUGGGAGUUAUCCCUAGACAAGAAUAUUCCUGGGAUCAAACUGAAUCACUGAAAUGACUCCCCAUGUCUGAAUCAAUAUGUGCAGGCAGGCCAAAUUGAGGAAUAAUCUCUUCAGAGCACCUUGGCAACAAAAGCCAUGGUGGCUCAGGCAGUAGGAAAUACUUCCAGCCAUCCGACCAUUUGAUCCACCAUAACUAGACAAAAUGUAUACUGUCUGGUCUUAGGCAAAGUGAUAAAAUCAAUUUGUUGGUGCUCAAAAUUUGUGUAAACCAGAGGAUGCUGUUAAAAUUAUUAGUGGUUGGACUCUGAAUAUAUUAAUCAUGUUGUUGCCAAGGAUUUAAUUUCUAUAAUCCCAAAAUGAAUUUCUAAAAUAAAUGGAAUUUAUGGCAGUUUAUUCACAAUAUUUACAGUAGAAGGAAGAUGUUAAGGCAUGAGAGAGAAAGAGAAAACUGGCUUCUUCUGAUACCAAUUAGAAUUUCUAAGCCUCACCCAGGGGAAGAGAGUCUCAAGAAGAUGGGCCUUACCUGGAGGCUUCACACCUGAAAAGUGAGGUCACUAAGUCAGCUUUUUACUCACCAAUGGUAACAGUCUAAAAGAGGUUUGGGUGUUGGUCUUCUUGUCAUUCCUCCAUCCUUCACUUCAAGCUGGGGUGACUGUCUUCUUCAGUCUUUUUUUUCCCUCUAUUUAAAGACCUUUCUCUCUUGUGUCACCUCCUCUAACUUUUCACAUCUAUCAAUCACAGCAGAGGCUUUUCUCCAGGACUGAUAACUCUUUAGUUCUUACCUUUGUUGGUUAUAUUUUAUCUAUGGGUUACUUAAAUCCUCUUUUGUUAAGUUCACCUUUUGUACUUACUUAACACCUUUUUGUAGUUAAAAUCUAAAAAUAGAUUAUAGCUUACAAUUUUAUCUUCACAAUAAAGAGCUAAGUACCUUCAUUGUUAUAAUCAGGAUAUAGCUAAUCCAAUCUUCACAAUGCCCACCAAAAGUUUUCCCAAGAAUGCUGUGUUGACUAGGUUUGGCAGGUGGGGCAGACUAUAUAUACUUGAGGAACUAUAGUAAUUAUACCAGAGGAUAUCCAUAAUCUCUUAACAGAUUGUACAUUGCCCUGGAUACAGAUGUGACUGAUUUUAUGCAUGGAUUGGCAGAUUUGUUAAUAAAAAUUUCUAGGGAGCAGGAAUUUUCCUUUAGAUAACACACAUACUCCAUUAGUCAGUUUUGUUUUAAAAUUUUGUUUCUAUUCACUUCCUUUUCAUUUUAGGAAAGGGAUAAAUCUAAUUCGUUACUUGUUGCCAAAGUUAAAAUUAAUUGAGGUCCUUCUAAGGCGGUUAGUUUUGCAGCAGUAUCUACCUGGUGGUUCCCUCUAUAUACAGGGUCAGUUCCAAUUGUACGGGCAGAGCAAUGACCUAUGAAUAGGACUUUGGGUUGCUGGAGAGCAGAAAGAACUUCAUUAAUUAUUUCUUUAUUUACUAUUUAUUUUCCAGCUGAGGUUAAAAAUCUUCUCUGAAGCCAUAACAUACCCACUGCAUGACAAAUUCCAAAUGGGUACCCAGAAUCUACAUAGAUUAUUGCCCUUUUUUUUUUUUUGGUAAUUUUACAGGCAUGUUUUAGGGCUGUAAGUUCUGCACCUUGAGCACUUAUAUUUAAGGGCAAUGAAGCUGACCAUACAGUGGGAAAUUCUGUCACUGCUGCAGUUCCAGUGUAUACCAUCCCUCAUGGAAGAAUAACCAUCAGUGAAUAAGGCUAGAUCUGGGUUGUCGAAAGGAGUGUCCAAGAGAUUAUCUUGAAGCUUUUCAGCCAUAGACGCUACAGAUUCACAACUAUGCAAUGGUUCUCUUGAAACUGGUAAAUCAGGAAGCAAGGUGGCAGGAUUAAGUGUUGUAUAGUGUUUUAAAGUGAUAUUCUAGUUGCCCAUCAAGGUACCUCCAUAUCUUGUGAGUCUUUGAUCUGAAAAUGCUUCUGUUCUAUGCCUUAGUAACAGUCCUUCUUUAUGUCGGCACAUUUUUAAUGGACAUCCCAAUAUUCAGUCAGCCUCUUUAGUUACUAAAAAAGCUGUGUCAGCUAUACCUCUAAGGCAGGUGGUGCUCCUGAAGCUAUUGGGUCCAGCUGGGCCAAAUAAUAAACAACUGGACCCUGAACUGGUCCCAAAGAGAGUUAAAAUACUUGAAGGCACCCCUCUCUGCUCAUACACAAAGUAAAUGUUUUUGUUUUUAACAAUCUGGGAUGCCUAGAGCAGGGGCAGACAGGAUAGCCUGUUUUAUAUUGCAUGGACUUGACAGGUGUUCUGGCUUUAAUCCAAGUGCUUCAGGCUGAAUCUUUUGUUAAUGCUCUAAGGGGUUUGGUGGUUUCCCCAUAGCAGGGAAUCCGUGUCUACAAAAACCUGUGACCCCUAAGAUUUUUCUUAACUGUUUCUUAGUGGUGGGAGCACUCAAUUUUUGAAUAUUUUCAAUGUGCUUACGAGAAAUAAAGCACACCAGCAGUUAAAAUGAACCCUAAAGAUUCGACUUUGGAGAGACAACAGUGAACCUUUGCCUUUCAGAGUUUGUGGCCUCUUUUCAUAAUUCUAAAAGAAAAUAUUAUUGUCUUGAUAUGCUGAGGUAUUUGGUGAGGUCAAGAGCAAAUCAUCCACUUAUUUAAUUAACUGAAUAUUUUGAAAUUUUAUAUUAUCUGUUGGCUCAAAAGUUGUGCACACAGCAUAGGGCUUUCCACAUACUCUUGUGCCAAAUGACACCAGGUCCCCUGAGAACCUUUCCAUGUAAAGGCAAAUAUAUUCUUGGAAGCCUCAUAAAUGCGUAUCAAAAAAAAUAACUGAGCACAAGUUCAUUACAGUAAAGUAAGUAGCUAUACUGGGAAUAGAGGAAACUAUUGUGUUUGGGUUUGAAACCACAGGAUGUCUUGAAUUUGCCAUGAUUAUUUAUAGUCUUUAAUUCUUGGAUAAAUCUACAUAUGACUUUUCAAUCUGGACCUUUAUUUGUUUUUGGUUUUUUCUUUAAUGGGUAAGGUGGGUGUAUUAUCCAAUUUUCAUGGAAGUAUUCCUUGCUCAAUUAAUGAAUUUAUUACUGGGGUUAUUCCCUCAAUUGCCUGUUUUGAUUGAGGGUACUGAGGAAUGGAAGAAGCUGGCUCACCUCUUGUCUUAAUUUGAACAAGAGCAGCUGCUUUAAGUAGGCCUAUAUUGGAAGAAAUGUGGCCCAAAGAGACUUAGGUAUAUCAGCUGGUAUUUCCAAUAUGGGAGCCUCUCUUACCCCCUGUCUCUCUGAGAGGAGUACAGGGAGCAAAUUUAAAGAUUCCUCGGGUAAUUCUAAUGACAUAGAUUCAUCUGGGGUGCAAGUUAUUCUGGCUUUAAGUUUAUGUAAUAGAUCUCUUCCCAGCAGAUUUGUGGGGGAUCCAGACAUUAAUGGACAAGAAUAUUCUAAAGAUAAGGGUCCCGUGGGUAACAUUCGAGGAAAAAAUCUGGGGCCCUUUUGAAGUGUUUCUGAUAUACCUACUACAUGUAGAGAGCUAAUAUAGUUUCGUUUUGCAUCUGGUUUAGUCUCUAGGAAUAUUCUAAAUGCCCCAGUAUCUAAAAGGCAAUCAUAGUGCAAGUUUUCCCUUUUAGGGUUACAUGGGGUUUAUUACUGUGUGUUUGGGAAUGUAUUGGGAUAAUUAGCAUUAAAAUAUCAGCAUCUGGAAAAUCAAAGGUUUCACUUUUUGAUUCCAAGGCCCUUGCUUCCUCUUCACCCCUUCAUAAAGAUUCUUGGGCAUUUCUCUGGGAUCUUCCACAGUGAGGGGGAUUUUUUCACCCUGAGUAUAGUGUGAACGAGUUCCACUUUUUACAUAUUGGUGUUGGGUAUUUUGUCCUGUGUUCUCAUUUUCCUCCUCUGGAUGACUAUUUCUGUAGUUAUUUUUAUUAUAAUUAUGAUUAUUGUUAUUUCUGGGAUUAUCAUUAUUGUUAAAAUUCAUAUUAUUUGUUAUCUGAUUCCAGUUUCUACAGACCAUCAUUGUCUGACCCUUUUUAGUGUCUUUCUGCUCUCCAGCUCUGAGUGAUUGUCUUUACUCCAAGUCCAAGUGACUGUCUUCCAGUCCAUCUCUGAGUGACUCUUCCUCAGUCCAGCUCCAAGUGACUGACUGGUCAUCCUUAUCUCUGUGUGUCUCUUCACUCUUUAAUCAAUUUUUUUUCCUAUGUCACCUCCCCUUAAUUUUAGGUCUACCAAUCAAUCCCGCUGAUUCACACCAGGACUGCCCACUCUUUCACAUGUGGGUCACAGACCUCCCACUCAAUGUAUGAAAUGGGUGUUCACACCUUCUUGUGGUUAGUUCACACCUUCUUGUGGUUAGUUCACACCGUUUGUGGUUGAAAUGGGUAGAUCUACACUUUGAGCAUUAAAAUCUAAAAAUCGACAGGGCAUUACAAUUUAAUCUUCGAAAUGAGGGAGUAGCCAAGUACCUUCAUUGUUACAAUUAGGGGAGAGCUAAAUCCAGUCUUUGCACCACACAUUCACAUCUCAAAAGCCUCAGGGCGCCAUCCCCAAUUUUACCAUUGAGCCAAAUGUUCCCUUCACACAUCUCCUGUACCAGCUCACUAUCCCUCCCCCCAGCUCUUAGUUAGAGGUCUGAUGAUACGACCUCCAUCCCAGGCCACUGUGAAUUCAUAAUUUCAGAAAUGGGGAUGGGCCUGCCUCAUUCUUUGGGUACUCAGUGGGGAAGAUCAGGAUUGGUAUUCAGAAGGUAGCAGCAACCAUUUUGAUAAGACCCAGAGACAAGUAGGGGAAAGGGUGAAACUUCUUUACUUAUUUUGUCAGAUAAUUUGUAUAGUAUUGGGAUUGGUUGUUCUUUAAACACUUGAUAGAAUUCCCUUGUGAAUCCAUCUGGCCCUGGGGGUAUUUUAUUAGCUAAGGAGUUUUUUUUGUUUUGUUUUGUUUUGAUAUUUUAUUUGAUCAUUUCCAAGCAUUAUUCAUUAAAGAUAAAGAUCAUUUUCUUUUCCUCCCCCCCAUCCCCAUAGCCGACGCGUAAAUCCACUGGGCAUUACAUGUUUUCUUGAUUUGAACCCAUUGCUAUGUUGAUAAUAUUUGCAUUAUAGUGUUCAUUUAGAGUCUCUCCUCUGUCAUGUCCCCUCAACUGCUGUAUUCAGGCAGUUGCUCUUCCUUGGUGUUUUUAUUCCCACGGUUUAUCCUCUGCUAGUGGAUAGUGUUUUUUAGAUCCCUGCAGAUUGUUCAGGGACAUUGCAUUACCACUAAGGGAGAAGUGCAUUACGUUUGAUUGUACCACAGUGUAUUUGUCUCUGUGUACCGUGUUCUCCUGCUUCUGCUCCUCUCGCUCUGCAUCACUUCCUGGAGGUUCUUCCAGUCUCCAUGGAACUCCUCCACUUUAUUAUUCCUUUUAGCACAAUAGUAUUCCAUCACCAACAUAUACCACAGUGUGUCAGCCAUUCCCCAAUUGAAGGGCAUCCCCUCGUUUUCCAGUUUUUGGCCACCACAAAGAGCGCAGCUAUGAAUAUUCUUGUACAAGUCUUUUUCCUUAUUAUCUCUUUGGGGUACAGACAAGGGUAGAUAUUCUUUUGUCGUCCUUUGGGCAUAGUGUUAAAUCGAACCCCAAUUAGGUCUGUAAAUGAAGGUCAACCACGUUUGAAAAUGUUUAAGAAAGAAAAAAAAAGAACACCCUGGACCCAAACCCAAAGUCUUCUAAAGGCUAAAGCCAAAAACCUCAGGCCCACCUUUAUAUAUCCUGCCAACCACUGUGAAUUUCGAAACUACUCCACCUCAUUCAGACCAUUCUUUAGAAGAUGGGAUUUAGCUAUUUCCUGAUCAAUAACAACAGAGAUACUUGGAAUAACAGAAUCAGGUCUUGGAAACUACAAUCUCCACCCUACUCAGGAUAACAAGAUUAGGAAGGGCUGCAGCAAAACUCAAGAUUUAAUUAUUUGAGAAUAUGGCCUUCAACAGACAUGUGCAGAGAAGGACAGACUUCUGGGAGGUCCUAGGUCAAGUGAGAGCCACCAUUGACUCAUGUGAGAUGCAGGAAGUGAGGUAGAGAACAGCCUCUGGAAUUCUUGGGUCUUCAUAUGAGGAGGGCGAGACUCAGUGGGAGGCUGGUGCUUGGAGUUGGAGGAACCCGCAGACUGUUUUUCUUCAGUUUGGUCAUGUGAGUUAUAAGGACUGAUCUGUUUCCUUGUCUUGGCUAUCCAGGGCCUUAAGCCUGCUUUGGCUCAGCCUGAGCAGAGUGGGUAUUUAAACCCUCUUUCCUUCUCUCCCGUUUCUCUCUCUCUGUCUGUCUUUCUCCCUCUAGUACUUUUUUCCUCCUGUUUUUAAUUAAAAUACCAUAAAAAAGUUG